GGAGCGUGAGCCUGGCCAGGCCGCUGCCGGAGCUGACGGCCAUCGCGCGCCAGCAGCAGCCCAUCCUGCUCACCGUCAUGGCCGAGGAGGUCCGCACCAACGUGGCCGAGCCGCCCGCCAUGGCCUCCACCGUGACGCUCGCGCUGCUGCUCGGCCCGGCCGCCAACUCGCCGCCCUACUUCGACCACCCGAGCUACGUGAGCCGCAUCGCGGAGAACAGCCCGCAGGGCGCGCCGCUCGUGUUCGGCGACCCGUACACCACGGUGGUCCGCGACGACGACAUGGGCAAGAACGGCGUGUUCUCGCUCUCGCUCGAGCACAACAACGGCACGUUCGAGGUGCUGCCCGGCGUGGCGGAGCAGCGCGCCACGUUCGUGCUGCACGUGCGCAGCGCGCAGCUGCUGGACUACGAGAUCAACAAGGUGCUCAGCUUCAAGGUGGUGGCGCGCGAGCUCACCCCGGACUCGGCCAUGUCCGCCACGGCCGACGUCAUGGUCUUCGUGGACGACGUCAACGACAAUCCGCCGCGCUUCCUCGAGGACGAGUACCGCGCCACCAUCCCCGAGAACGCGACCGCGGGCACGCGCCUCGUGCAGGUGCAAGCUACUGACGUCGACACGGGGGAGUUCGGGCACGUUCGGUACACCAGCAUCCUGGGGCGGGUGAACGGGUCCCUGGCGCUGGACCCAGAGACAGGGGUCAUCACCAUAACCAAAGACAAGCACGACUUUGAUCGAGAAGUCGCUGCAGAGUUCCGCGUAGACGUCGAGGCCAGGGACGAGAACGGCGCCGGCCUCCGUUCCACCGUGCCACUCAUCAUCCGCGUCCUGGACGUGAACGACGAGACGCCUCACUUUGUGCGGGAACCCUACGAGCUGAUCCUGGCGCCGGACCGUGCCUCCUUCUCGUCGCCGGUGUUCCUGCAGGCCACGGACGCGGACGCGGAGUCACCCAACAACCAGGUCCGCUACGAGAUCCUCAGCGGCAACAAGGGCGAUCACUUCGUGUUGGAUCGGGAGACAGGCGAGCUGACGGUGCGCACGCCGGUGGGCGCGAGAGAGUCCAUCAUCACAAUCAACGUGCGCGCCUACGACCUGGGCAUCCCCCUGCGCUGGACGCACGGCAUCGUCAGGGUGUAUCCCCCGGAGACGCGCGCGCGCACCAUGGUGUUCAUCGUCCCGGGGACCAACCCCGACCCCAAGGCCACGGAGGAGACCCUCAGCUCGCUCACGGGAGGCAGCGUCACCAUCAAGGACAUCAAGCCGUACGACGGGGACGACCUUCCAGGAUCGCCUCCCGGACCCAAGAGCCAGGUCACCGCCACGGUGCUGUACAACAGCCAGGCAAUCAUCGACGUCGCGAGUUUGGAGAAGCGCCUCAAGGGCAACAAGACGGCCAUCAUGAUCGGGGACCCCGUCAAGGAGUACCGCGCCGACAGCAGCGGCGUACUGUUCUGGGUACUCAUCUUCUUCGCGAUCUUGUUCGCCCUCGCGCUGCUGGCCGCGCUCCUCUGCUGCUUCUGCCAUGGCUGCCCCUACUUCAUCGGCCAC